AUGCCGAGGCCGCAACCACAUCACCAACCACCCGAAACCACUGCACACCACCACCCACCACUGCCCCACCUCUGCCAUCACCACUGGCCGGAGGUCAGAGCAAUGGUCAACCCCAGACCCAACAUCAAAGGAACGGGGAAAAAGUAUGGAAGCACAGCGGAGCUUCGGCCGUCCGACACCAUCGCCGUCGAACAACCGAGGCACCAUCCACCCGACCAAAUUCGCCGCAAUCCUCCGCCCACCACCGCCCCGCCUCUGCCAUCACCACUGGCCGGAGGGCAGAACGAUGGUCCUCCCCAGGCCCACCAACAGAGGAAAAGGGAAGAAAACAGAGAACUCGGCGGGGAUUCGAAACCCACCUCCCUUUUGUCUGACCAGCAGUCGCUGGGAACCUCCGUCCAGAGCAAGGACUACAAGGAGGCGCCCUCGACGCCCCUGUUCGAGCCCGGUGAGCUCCAUACUUGGUUCUUCUGGAGGGCCGGCAUAGCCGAGAUCAUAGCAAUUUUCAUGUUCCUAUACAUUACGAUAUUGACGAUGAUGGGGCUCUCGAGGUCCGACAGCAAAUGCUCGAUGGUCGGGAUUCAGGGGGUUGUUUGUGCUUUUGGUGGCAUGAUCUUCGCCCUUGUUUACUGCAUCGCUUGA